AUGGCCACCAGGACUGCGGGAGGCAACUCUGCUUUCCACAACUUCCACAACGACUACGCCCACAUCGCCGACCCCAACGAGCGUCGACGACUUGCUCUCGCGGAAAUCGACAAGGCGCCCUUCGGCUGGUACCAUGUGCGCGCCAUCGCUGUCGCGGGUAUCGGUUUCUUCACCGACGCCUACGACAUUUUCGCCGUCAGUAUCAUGACCACCAUGUUGGGUGUCGUCUACUUUCAGGGCAACGCCGGCGUCCUGCCAACCUCCGCCGAUACUGCGAUCAAGGUCGCGACCUCCGGUGGUACGGUCAUUGGACAGCUUGGCUUCGGUUUCCUCGCAGAUGUGGUUGGUCGUAAGAGGAUGUACGGUCUCGAAUUGAUCGUCAUCAUCUUCGCUACGCUCGCUCAGGCCCUUACAUCCAGCUCCCCAUCCAUCAGCAUCGUCGGUGUCAUCAUCUUCUGGCGUGUGCUCAUGGGUAUCGGUAUUGGCGGUGACUACCCCCUUUCUUCCAUCAUCACCUCCGAGUUCGCGACCACCAAGUGGAGAGGCGCCAUGAUGGGCUCUGUCUUCGCCAUGCAGGGUCUCGGCCAGUUCGGUGCUGGUAUCAUUGCCCUCAUCGUGGUCGCAGGCUUCAAGGACUCGCUCCUCUCUGCACACUCCUCAGGCUCGAGCGUCACUGCCCUCCAGGCUUGUGACGGUGUCUGCCAGCUUGCCGUUGACAAGUGCUGGCGUGUCAUCAUCGGAAUGGGUGCCGUUCCUGGCUGCAUUGCCCUCUACUUCCGUUUGACCAUCCCAGAGACUCCUCGCUACACCUUCGAUGUCUCUCGCGAUGUCGUCAAGGGUGGCUCCGACGUCAAGGCUUACCUCUCCGGUACCGCUGAGGGUAUCCCAGACGAGAUCACUCGUGUCACCACCAUGCGCGAGUCUGCUCCUCAAAUGGAGAUCCCCAAGGCCUCGUUCGGCGACUUCUUCCACCACAUCGGCAAGUGGAAGUACGGCAAGGUCCUCCUUGGUACGGCCAGCUCUUGGUUCUUGCUCGAUGUUGCCUUCUACGGUGUCUCUCUCAACAACUCUACCAUUCUCCAGGCCAUCGGCUACGGUACUGGCAAGACCGCCUAUGAGACUCUCUACAACAUCGCUGUCGGCAACAUCAUCCUUGUCUGCGCUGGUGCUAUUCCCGGAUACUGGGUGACUGUCGCCCUCGUUGACACCGUCGGUCGCAAGCCAAUCCAGCUGAUGGGUUUCACCAUCUUGACCAUCCUUUUCUGCAUCAUGGGUUUCGCCUAUCACCAGAUCGGUGAGAGCGGUCUCCUGGCUUGCUACGUCUUGGCCAACUUCUUCUUCAACUUCGGCCCUAACUCGACCACUUUCAUCGUUCCAGGAGAGUGCUUCCCAACCCGCUACCGAUCUACCUGCCACGGUAUCUCCGCUGCAUCUGGCAAGGUCGGCUCGAUCAUCGCUCAGGCCGGUAUCGCUCCUCUCCGUACCCGUGGUGCCACCAAGACCGACAAGUCCCCAUGGCUCAACCAUGUCCUCGAGAUCUUCGCUCUUUUCAUGCUUCUGGGUAUCCCUAGCACGCUCCUUAGAAAAACCCUCGAGCAGCUCGCCGGCGAGGUCCCUGGUACACCUGAGUACGAUCCUGAGCUGGCUGGCCUGUCGAACACCGCCGCCCACGCCCGUCAAGAGUCCGACCCAGAGUCCUCCGAGCACAUCGCUGCCGAGAAGGGUCACCACAAUGUCUAA